CGAGCGGUCGCCGCCAUCACAACAACUGAUCAGCUGUUGUCGUCAGGAGCCUCUCCUCUCAUGUAGAAGCUUAGGACAGCUAAGUAGAAGUCAAGCUGAAUACUCCAGGAGACCCGUUAACAGGAAGAGAGGGUUUACGUCGUUGCCUAGGUAAUUUUUCAGAUAUGGAUAAUGGUCUGAUUAAGAAGAAAAUAUUGUAUCAAGGAAAAGGAAAAAGCGACUACAAUGAUGGAACCAAGGUUACAUUCCACAUCAAGACCGAAACCUGUGAAGAUAGUCCACAACUUAUUGAUGAUAGUCAUCGAUGGUCAAAACCAGUGGAACUUAUUUUGGGCAAAAAAUUCAAAUUGGAGGUGUUGGAAGCAUGCAUUCACACAAUGAUUCUGGGAGAGGUGGCUUCAUUCACAAUUGACAAAUCUUUGCUUUCUCCGUAUCCACUAGUAUCCAAGACCUUACGAGAAGCAUAUGGUGAAACAAAAGUUGACAAAGAAAAAAAGCCACACCAUUGCUGUGGGAUGGGAUUUAAAGAAGGGCUCGGUUACCAAGAUUUAGAUGAGCUAGUUAAAACGCCCAAAGAUUUGAAAUUCACAAUUGAAUUAGUGAAAGUGGCAGGAGCAGGAUCAUACGAGAAGGAAUUUUGGGCAAUGACCGAGAGUGAACGACUUGAGAGUAUCCCAGCUCUAAAAGAGCAAGGCAAUGCUUUAUAUAAGGAGAGAAACUACGAAGCUGCCAGCAAGGCGUAUUCUGAAGCUCUCGGCAGACUUGAGCAACUCAUGUUAAGAGAGAAACCUAAUGAUGAAGAAUGGUUGAAGCUUAAUGAGAUGAAGAUGCCUCUACUUCUGAACUUCUCUCAAUGUCAACUCAUACGAGGAGAAUACUAUGCGGUUAUAGAACACUGUACUACAGUUUUGGAGAAAGAUCCAGAUAAUGUGAAAGCGCUCUAUCGUCGUGGGCGUGCGUAUGUCGAGGUCUUCAGUCCAGCUGAAGCUCGAAAGGACUUGGAAAAGGCUGCCAGGCUGGAUGCUACUGUGUCUCCUGGUUGUAGGAAAUUACUAUCUCAGUUAGCUAAUAUGGAAUCAGAAAAAACUAUGCAUGACAGGAGUGCAUACAAAAAGUUGUUUAGCUCCUCAUAAUUGAUAACAACUUUGUUGUUACUGUAUAUAAAUGCCAAAAGCUUUACAUGUUCAGGAUAUGUAACUGCAUCUAACACUUCUUCCAUUGGACUUAUUCCAAUGGACAAAAUCACAUUUAAUUUUGCAGUGUGCUUUGUACCCAGAAGACUUGCAAAUAUAAUGUACAUGUCUUUGAAUAUAAAACGUUUAUUUCAUAAAAUUUCUUCACUAGUGAUAUUCAGAUGUUGUGUACCAUCAGUGAACAUCAAAGCCACAGUUUCUGCCUAUUUAAGACAAAUUUUAAUGGUAAAUCUUAAGAAGCAAGCCUAACAGCUGUCCUUAUAGUAAAGUUAUUUCAUGACCCGAUAUUUUAUUAUUAUAUGACUCGAUAUUUCAAAGUUUGUGACUCGGCUGUGGCAUAAACACCCUCAAAAAGAAGCGUUAAACAUUUUAAACAAUAUCUCCGAUUGUUCCAAAUAUUUUUAACUUAUUAUAAGGAUUAACACAUUGCAAAGAGAUAAAUUAAGGUAAUUUUGUAGUAAUGAGGUUAAAGCAACAAAUAAUCAUUGUGCACAAAUAAUCUUUUAUUUUAAUUACUUUCUCUUGAACGAAGUGUCCGGUUUGGUUGAACAACUUUAAGUCAGCUACUUGGUGGCCUUUUAUUUAAGUAAAUAGGAAAUUCAUCUCGAUGUAAUUUUCUUUUGACACAUUAGUUUGUGUGACAGUUUUCACCUACAGAUUAUGACAAAGUCAGUAAACUCCUUGAAAGAAAAAUAUGUAUUUUAUGUAUACAGUAUAUACAGUGUCUUACCUAUGAUGCUUUGUUCCCAGAUGUAUGUGCAACAUGGAAUGAUGUCAUCUUAAUCUUACGUUGUCAUCUUAAUCUUACGUUAUGGAAUCAUUUCCACCAUUUUAUGAUGUUGUCAAAGACAUCCUGUUAUGUGAUAUACAUUGUUGGCAUAACCUAUAUAAUCUUUGACUCAUUACUGAAAAUGCUACAGUAAAUUAGGUAGGUUAUAGUCAAAAUUAUACCAGAUAUUGAGUUUAUUUCUUAUGCCAAUCAUUGUAUUGCUUGAUUCUAGUUAGAAUUUAAGUAACCCAACCCACACAUGAAAUGAAAGUGACCUUUGCAAAAUCCAUUGGAGCAGGAUUGGGGAAAUCGAACCAGCAUCAUGGUCAAUGCGCGCCAUAAUCCACGACACUGGUUCAAUCCCCGUCCUUCUCCAGUGGUUUUCGCAAAGCUAUAUCAUGCUAUUGUGAUUUCCUAAGUGUAUGGAAAGUGACCUUAUAUGUGUGUGGGGGUUGGUUAUUAGUCUUAGCCAUGCUAGUGUAAUGUAUUCACUGUAUAUUAUAACUAUUUGUGUAACAUUUGUGCAAUGAUUAGUUACUAAGUCAAAUGUAAUUUGUGUGUGCUAUUGUAUUUCAAGUUACCACAUCAACCAAAAAGUAUUGCACCAACUUUAUGUAAUAAAUGCUGGGAUUAUAAAUUAAUACUGUACUGCCAAAUGUUGUAAAACCUGCAAGCAUUACAAUUACACGCCAGAUUUGAUAUUAACACUCCCAACCCACCCCAAGGUGGGCCUGUCAUUUCCUGGGAGCGCACACCCACAUUAAUGUAUGUACUCUUUCCAGAUAUGACCUCAAUUUUUGAGCUACGUCGUUCAUUUUGGUGUCAAAUUGUUCACAAUAUAAAGGCGCACAUUUUAAAACUAGUACCAUAAUAGCCAAUAGUAAAUGGAAUUUUAACAAAUAUUUUCAUUUUGGUUGCUCAUCACCACAAGUAUUUAUAAUCUUUCCAGUGUUCUGACCUCAAUUGUCGUGCUACAUCAUUCAUUUUGGUUUCAAAUUGUUCACAAUCUAAAGGCGCACAUUUUAAUACUAGUAUGAUAAUGAUCGGAUAAAAAAUAUAAUUUUAACAAAUAUUUUAAAUUUUGACGCAUCAUGCUCGCCAGCGGUCAUCCGUCAAUUUAUUUAUGUCGCAGACUGCAUCGCCGCCGGACGAUGAUGCUGCUGCUUUUUUUUUUUAUAAUUCUUCAUGUGCCAUUGAUCAGUGUUCUUUACAACUAUGUGAUCACCUAUUGCCCUAUUUUUGUAAAGUAAUUGUAGAAAUAGAAAAUCGCACGGUACAUAUAAAUGGUUCAGUUAUGCACCGGACAUAAUUCAGAUUCUAUUAAUAUAGAAAGGAGAUAUUAUACCAUUGACACUUGAUGCCAAGUGUCUUCAUUUGUCACUUAGGUUUGCAACACAAGCCAAAAUAUACAAGUUGCAAAUACUGUAACAGUGAAGGGUUCUUGAGGUUAUCUUGAGAUAAUUUCGGGGCUUUAGUGUCCCCGUGGCCCGGUCCUCGACCAGGCCUCCACCCCCAGGAAGCAGCCCGUGACAGCUGACUAACACCCAGGUACCUAUUUUACUGCUAGGUAACAGGGGCAUUGGGUGAAAGAAACUCUGCCAAUUGUUUCUCGCCGGUGCCCAGGAUCGAACCUGGGACCACAGGAUCACAAGUCCAGCGUGCUGUCCGCUUGCAGUGACACGUGGGAGGCGAUCUGGCCAGAGAGCGGGCCCUGGGAAUAGUGAUCUUCGGAACCAUCUCAAAGUAACCUUUCAAUAAAUUUAUUAUUAGAUGUGCAUGUACAUUACAUUUAACUGUGCCAAUUGAUUAGUUUCCUAUUCAUAGUCAAUAUAUUUAUUGUGUUUGUAUAGUUUAGAUAUUUAUGUGUUUGAAAGCUGAUUUUCAGAAUAUUUGUAUAGUCAUAUAAUGUCUAUUGUAUCGCAGUAUAUAAGAUUCAAAGAUUAUUCAUUAAAAGUUAUUUAAUUA